GUGGAGCUCCACUUGCCAGACUCCCUCCCUUGUCUCAGCGUGCUUGCUGAUUGGUAGGAGGCGGGAUCGGUGUAAGGGCGGAAAUGUCUUGCUCGUAGAGGUGUAGUGCUGGCGCGGCUGUACAGUGCACCAUAGAGAUGGCCGGAAGUGCGGCUUGAGUGGACACACUUGGUUUAUUCUGGCGUUCUGCAGCAGCCAUGAAUCGGCCAUUCUUGUCGCAUUCCUCGUACCAUGACGGGAAAAUGAAGUCAAAGAAGAGAAGUCACAAGGAGAAAUAUCGGCUGAAGUGUCUGCGGCUCCGACGACUGGCGAAAACCAUGGUGUUUGAAAACGCAGCACUCUGUGAUGAAGUCGCACGUGUCGAAAGUAAAUUUGUGCAAGCAAAAGAAGAGAGAAGGUUUCUAUUGAAAAGGUUCUUGCAGCUUCAAGCGUUAGGUGAAGAUGAUCGGCCCACUACGCAUAGUUCCAGCUUGUCGCUAAGUUUUGACAUGCCGAGCAUGAGUGAUGGGAACCUGGACAUGAGCCUGCCCAGUGUGUCGGACAAUGGAUUGGGGAAGAAGCUGAAAAAGGACAAGAGAGAAAAGGGCAAAGAGAACAAAUCAGAAGGUAUAAAGAAAUUAACAAAAAAGAAGAGGGCGACAGACGGGGCACCGCGCAGGUGGGUUCAGCCGAUUCUCCUGGACCCGUGUGGACGGCCAGUCUUCCCCAUUGUUAUAGACGGUCUGACAGUUUACAGUCUGGGAGAGAUUGUAUCCGACCGGAGCGGUUUCCACGACAGGAGCGCCAUUUAUCCUGUGGGUUUCUGCAGCACAAGAGUUUAUGCCAGCAUGCGUAACCCGGAGCAGAAAUGUCUAUAUACAUGUCAGAUCAAAGAUGGCUGGACAAGGCCUCAGUUUGAGAUCGUCCCUGAAGAUGACCCCCAGAAUACGAUAUCUGGUAGCUCGGCUGUAGAAUGUCACAAUGCUUUACUGAAGAGCAUCGGAGCUGUGCGAGGACGGAGGGUCUCCGCUCCAGAAAAUGCCGGGCCGUACUUUUUUGGGUUUGCGCACCCCACCAUUCAGAACUUAAUACAAAGCUGCCCUGGAGCUCGCAAAUGCUCAAGUUACGAGUGGGUAAAGUUUGAAGUAUGGAAGCCGGUGGAUGGGCCAAUGCCGCAGGAGAUUUAUGAAAACAGCACAGCCGUAAGCUUUGAGACAUUUCAGAGGCAAUCCCUGGAGGAGAUGAAACCAGAUCAUGUGUUAUCAGGAACGUUGGAUCUUCCAGAUAUUCAUGCCUCACAUGAUUACAUCUCCACCUAUCAGGAAAUAUUCCUGUCACCCCCACACAUCUCCCGAGACAUCCAGCAACUGAAGUCUUCCUCGUCCAGCCAGUACAGCCCAUCUUGAUCCCCUGAGGGCAAUUUGUAAAGACUGUCACCCCAAGAAAUGUACUAUAAUGUAUAUUUUCAUCUUUUUUUUUUUUUUUUUAUUUAUUGAAAUAUUGUUUAUAAACUGCAAACAUGUUCUAAAUUUUUUUUAACCGUCAUACAAAAUUUGUAUUUCUUGUAGCUCAUAUCCAUUACAUGUUUAGGACUAUUGGAAUUGUACAUGGUGAACUUUUGUAGUCUAGUUCAGUGGUCAUCAAUUCCUGUCCUCAGGGCCCACUAA